AUGGAGCCCAACAGUCGCGAUUGUUGUGGUCGUUAUCAACUUAACCCGGUCAAAUGUAGUAUUUUUCAUCAGCAAAUCGAUUAUUUAUCUCAUACGAUAUCUGAACAUGGUGUUAAACCAACCAAUGAAAAAAUUCAAGCGAUUAUUAAAUUACGACAACCUACUAAAUUAUCUGAAACAAAUAAAUUUCUCGGUGCUCUUUCGUGGUAUCGUAAAUUUAUACCCAAAUUUGCAACAAUUCCUAUACCUAUUCAUGCUGUAAAAAACUUAACAAAAACAAAUAGACACAAAUUCGAAUGGAGUGCUUCUCAAUCUCAAACGUUUUCACAAUUGAAACAAUUAUUAAUUACUUCUCCAUUAUUUCUUGAUUUUCCAGAUGAUAAUUAUCCUGUUAUAUUAACAACGAAUGCAUCAGCAAUUGGUAUUGGUGGUACAUUACAACAAAAUAUUAAUGGUGAAAUAAAAAAUUUAUAUUAUCAUUCUCAAGUUACAUCUUCUACUCAACGACGAUAUGAUCAUAUUGAAUUAAAAGCAUUAGCCAUAUGGUUAUGUUUUCAACGAAUGCGAUCUUAUCUACUUGAAUAUAAUAUCGAAAAAAUUAUUCAUAUUAAAGAUCAACAAAAUUGUUUAGCUGAUUAUUUAUCUCCUCAUCCAAUACAAAAUGAUGAAGAAAUAUUUGAUGAGGAUUAUGGCAUAAGCAUGUUAUUUCAGGGGGAACUACCGGAGACGGUGCAUGCUCCUGUCUAUCAGUCUUCAAUUAUUGAUGCUGUUGUUACGCGUUCAAAAAUGAAACAAAUAAAACAAUAA